AUGGUUAAUAAGAAGACUAAAGGGCGUCAAAAGAUUCAAAUGAAAAAAAUAGAAAAAAAAGAUGACCUCUUUGCCACAUUCUCAAAGCGGCGCGCAGGCUUAUACAAAAAGGCGAGCGAACUUAUUGCAGAAUGCGGUGUUGACAUUGGAAUAGUGGUUUCUUCUCCUACCGGUAAGCCUUUCUCAUUUUUUCACCCUACAGAAGAUGCCAUUAUUGCUCGUUUUCAGAAUCCUGAUAUGCAGUUAAGUCAAACUACUGGCCUAGUUGCGGCUCAUGCUCGAAACAAAGUGAACUAUCUCAAUAGUAGGCUUGAAGAAUUGGAUACAAGAGAAGACGCUGCAACUGCUCAAACACGUUUCUAUGACAAAAUGACAGAAACUAGAGAGAGUGGUUGGUGGGAGUCAAUUGAGCAGCUCAAUGUAGAUGAAGUGACAAAAUUUGAAACAUGGUUAAAGACUGUUGUUUUUAAUAUGAACAAUCGUUUGAAUCAGUUGGAAAUUGGAGCUUCAUCCUCAACACCAAAUUACUUCUAA